AUGGAGAAGAAGGAAAUUGGUUCAUCCACGGAUAAUGAUGGUGGUAAUUUAUCUGGAAAUCUGUUUCUGUCUCCUUCUGCAUCUCACAACGAUCAAUUAGAAUUCGAUUUCAGUUCCGGCGAAUUGUUCAACCCUGCCUCGUUUUGUACCUCGAUUUUCCCCCCAAAAUUCAUUCCGCAGUCGCAGCUCUCCUUCUCUUCUCCGUCCGACUGCUCUUUCGAUGAUGAUGCUUUCAGUGCCAACGCGAUCGCUACCGAGAACCGGCUUAGCCAAGCCAGCUUCAUCCUCGAGUACCAGCAGCUCUACAAUUGCUACACCAUGUGUCUCGCCAGCCUCCAGGACUCUGUUAAAGAGGUUGACGCUCUUCGUCAAGAGAACGAGGCUCUCCGCCUUGCAAACAACGAUUUGCUGCAGAGAUUGAACCUGUUCUCGCAGGCUUCGAUGCAGAACUGCCUUGUCUCCUCUGUGCGUCCAUCUCCGUCUCCUUCGUCUACUUUAGUAGGAGACUUCAACCGUCUUGGCAUCGGAGCCGGGUUUUGCGAAAGUAAUGCCUCUGUUGAAAAAGUUCCUAGCGUCAGCCCGACUAGCGUGAUCGAACCAAAACAGUUCGCGAGGCAUAAUGGCGAGCGAGUUUCAAUGCCCAAAAGCAUUUCAGUUCGUUCCAGAGGUUAUCUGAAAUCUGUUUCUUCUCAACGACCGAGUCGCCAACAAGCAACAACUGCUUUGUUAGGUCAAUCGCAACGUGUACGUGUACCUGGGGAGAAGAAAUCUGGAGAGGGAUUGGAGUUCGAGGUAUACAACCAGGGAAUGUCAAAGACUGAGCUGUGCAACAAGUGGCAGGAGACUGGAACCUGUCCUUAUGGAGACAAUUGUCACUUUGCACACGGAAUAAGUGAGCUGCGACCGGUGAUAAGGCACCCUCGCUACAAAACUGAGGUGUGUCGUAUGGUGCUCGCGGGUGACAUCUGCCCUUAUGGUCAUCGUUGUCACUUUCGUCAUUCCCUCACAGAAGAAGAGAUGCUUCUGGCAGUGAAUCCACGCUGAUUAUUUGGAAUUAUUGAACGGGGAUGAGGUUAUGUAAAUGAAAGGUCCGUCUAUGAUCUUUUAAUUUCACUAAAAUAAGUAUUUCUGUAGAGUAAUUAAGUAUAUACCCUAGAAUUGAAGAUUAUUAAUCAAUGAUUAUACCAUUUUAAGAGAUUUCAUUCUCGAGAGUAUAGCUAUUGUUAUGUAUCAAUUUUUACAUACUAAGGAGAUGUUAUGCUACAUUUCUCGAUUAGGUUCUUGUAAUCGAUUUGGGAUCCCGAUCAAUCGAAAAUUAAGCUGAUUGAAAGUGUUUUAA